CAGAGCUUACUACAACGAUCGCCACAUCAUCUCAUUCAAGCCCAUCUUUAGACUUCUUAUCGCCACGGCACGUGUCCAACUUAACACGUCUCCUUCUGUCCAAGAUAAAACUAAACUCCCAUCACUUCCAAAACCUCACCAUACUCGCCAUACCAGAAUCUCGCGAUAAGCAUACGGGCACAGGCUCGCACACAGAGUUCGUAUAGUCGACCCUAUAGCGUCAUAGCCCCCAAAACAUCAUGAUACCUGGCUCUCUCGCCUGGCUACUUGCACUGCCGGCUUUUGCGCUGGCCGCCCGCCCCAAGGAUGCCAUCAAGCUUUCCGAUGUGCGAUCUCUCACCCUCCGCGGUAAUGGAGCCAUGACGAAUCAUCGCCGUGUUGGCGCUAUUCCCCAACUGCGCUGUGUCUCCAAGAAGGCGCUCUGUGAACUUUACGACAUCGAUGUGAUGCGCUGCACCAAUGAAGGCUCCGGCUGGGGUGAUGAGGAUAUUCAAUGGAGCUGUACUGCCUCGCUUCCAGAGGAGCUCAAGCUUGUCACGACGGAUGUGAUCUGUGAGGGUUAUAACUCUCCCGACGACCCCUAUGUUCUGAAGGGUAGUUGCGGUGUUGAAUACAGAGUUGCCUUGACAAGGAAGGGCGAACGCCGUUAUCCAAAUAUCGCCAACGGAGGAUGGUUUAGUGACGGCAGAGGUGGUACUGACUGGGGGGCUCUACUCUUCACGAUUAUUUUCGUUGCUAUUCUCGGCUGGAUCAUUUACUCAGCGUGUUACAGAGCACAAGAUGCUGGUGGCAACUCUAACCGACCACGACGCCGUCGCGACGGAUGGUCCUCCGGAGGAUGGGGUCCCGGAUGGGGUCCUGACGGCGAUGACCCUCCACCUCCAUAUCCCGGUUCUAAGCCUUCUUCGCAAUCUGACACUUGGAGACCCGGGUUCUGGAGUGGUGCCGCAGGAGGAGCCGCAGCAGGAUACUGGGCUGGUAGCCGUAAUCAGCAAAACCAUCAUAAUCACCACAACGAUGGGUAUGGCAGCAUCGGACGUGGAGGUUCUGGAUGGGGUGGUCAUUCUGGAUCGUCAUCUGGAUCCAACAAUUCGAAUCGUCAUGAGAGCACUGGUUUUGGUUCAACCAGCCGUAGAUAGAUAAUCACCCCGUUAGACACAUGUACCAGAGUUCCGAAUUUUUUUGGUAGCAUAAUCGACGCUUUCCCAUUUAUCCUGC